AUGAGACAUCAAAAUACCUCUUCCCAAGUUUUUCUCGUGUUAAUUUUUAAUAACGUAGCGACACUAUCAGUAAUAGAUAAAGGCAUACUGCCACUUACAAAAAGAUCAGUAGCCAUACAAUUUUACAUUGAUUUAGAAAAUGAAAAUCGCCUAAAACCUUGCACGGUGCGGGCUACAAAUCAUAAGUGCUGCUUAGCUGGACCCGACAAAGAUGACUGUGGUCUUAUGGAAGUGUAUGGUAAAAUAAAUGACAUAAUCAAGCCCAGAGAUCGUAGGACACUGUUAUAUAUCUUUCCGUCCAUACACCAACACGAUCUAAAAGGGCACUGCACGUUUCAAAUAAAGUAUUCAUGUCAGACAACGCGAGACGUACUGAAGGUAAUUCUUCCGUUCGAUACUACGUUAAACUCAAAAUCAAAGAAACUAUUUAAAGAAUACCUAAUUGGUGAAAAGGCAUCCGUCUGCGAAACAAUUGAUCAGGACUCUUUAGAUAAUUGUUCGCCCGUUUUCUGCGACUUGAAAUAUCUAGGUUACAAAUUGUACUACGAUAAUGCCAAUAGAUGCACCGAUGUAGCUACGUGUUUCGGCCGGGUCGAUAAAGAGUUACCUGAUGUAAUAUAUAUUCCUGAAGCAAAUUCGUGUAGAGAUUUAGACAUGCCGAUUACGCUCGAAGAUAUUUACGGCAUUUCGUCGGGCUUGGGAAUCGUAACGCAGGCGACGACCGAGGUAAACGAUUACUUUGAAGUCACGUCUAACUGCAGCACGAUUUCACAAAACAUGAAUUUCCUUAGAGAUAUAAUGAUCGGUAAGCUUUGCCCCUGUUCGAAGGAUGGGGCUGUCGAUUUCAGUGGAUGCUGUAAAUCAGCAAUUAUUACGAUAAUCUUGUGCAUAAUUAGUAUAACCGCGGUACUUUUCUCUUUCGUUUGCUGCGUGAAUACUUCAGUUUGGCUGUACCGAACGUGGUCAGAGGGAAGAAUUGAAGAGGUGUGGAGACGUAUUAACACUUGUUUGAAAAGUAAAGAAGUACACAGGGAGCGAACGCAAACCGACAGAGAGGUCAGAAACGCACUGUUAAAAGAUGUCAUUGUCAAAGACAUACCGAUAGAGCUGAGAGAUAGCGUCGUGACGAUCUGCGAUAGGAUGGAGAAGGACGUAGGAAAGAGAAGGAGAUACAGAGAUGCGGAUGUCGGCAGUCAAAUAAGUUUAAUCCGGGACAAGGGCAGUAUCAGUUCAACGUCAGUGUCAGAUAGAGACGAAUAG